AUGGCUCUCCAGAAGACCCUUUCAUUGCUUCUGCUCUUGUUGGUGACCCUGCUGGGGCUGGGGUUGGUGCAGCCCUCAUUUGGCCAAUCCAUGUACCAACAAUUCCUGCGGCAACAUGUGGACACUAAAAAUAGAGGUGGCACCAGUUUUUACUGCAACAAGAUGAUGCAAAUACGGGGGAUGACUAGGCCCAGGUGCAAGCAAUUCAACACCUUCAUCCAUGAAAACAUCUGGGACAUUAAUAACAUCUGCAAGAACCCCAAUAUCCAGUGCAAGAAUGGCAAGAUGAAUUGCCAUGCAGAUGUAAUGAGAGUCACAGACUGCAAGCUUACAUCACGUUCCCGGCGAAACUGCAGAUAUCAGGGCUGGGGCAGUUCUAGGCCUGUUGUCAUCGCCUGUGAUGAUAAAACCCUGAUGCCUGUGUACUUUGACGGAUAG